UAGAUUCUAUAAUACAACAAAAAUGUCAGAAACAAAACAAGAAUGUUGUGCUUGUGGACCUGGCUAUAAAUCGCCUUUGGAGGCCUUCAAAAAUGCUCCUCGUGAGAAGAUUAUUUUUGUGACCUGUCCUAAUGUUGACCAAGCUAAACCUGAUAUGUUGGCGACUGUAGAUGUUGAUCCAAAGAGUGAUGACUAUUGCAAGAUAAUUGGCAAAAUAGAGGUUCCAAAUGCUUCAGAUGAGGUUCACCACACUGGUUGGAAUAUUUGUUCUUCGUGCCAUGAGGAUGCUGGACGUAAACGUUCGCAUUUAAUUUUGCCGUGCUUAAACUCUUCGCGUAUUUAUAUAAUUGACGUUACAAAGGAUCCGAAGAAGCCUGAACUUACCAAGACAAUUGAGCCAAAACAACUUUUUGAUUUGGGGGUUGGUUUCCCUCAUACUACACAUUGCCUUGCUGAUGGAACUAUUAUGAUUAGCACAUUGGGUGAUGAGAAGGAUUCCCCAAAAGGCGAUUUUCUGCUUGUCAACUCUGAAACCUUUGAGCCAAUAAGUCGCUGGAUUCCUGAGGGUCAAAAUGCGUUGCCUUAUAAUUAUGACUUUUGGUAUCAACCUCGUCGUGGAUUGAUGAUCAGCACAGAGUGGGGAAGCCCAAAAAGUAUUAAGCAAGGUUUUAAUCCUGCAAAUGUUGAUAAGGACUAUGGUCAUUCUGUACAUGUCUGGGAUUGGCAGAAACGUCAACUUAUUCAGACAAUUUCUCUUCAACAACCAGAAGGCAAUAUUCCUCUGGAAGUCCGUUUUCUUCAUGAACCAUCGCGAGCACAUGCUUUUGUGGGAACUGCUUUAGGUUCGGCUAUCUUCCAUUUUUGGCGUAAUGAGGGUGGUCCGGGUCAGAUGGAACAUUCAAUGGUUGCUGCUAUUCCACCAAAAAAAGUACAAGGAUGGGCACUUGAAUGGAUGCCAGCACUUAUAACUGACAUUCUUGUCUCAAUGGAUGAUCGGUUUUUGUACAUUUCUUGUUGGUUACACGGAGAUAUUCGUCAAUAUGACGUUACAGACCCGGCAAACCCUAAACUUGUUGGACAGUGUUUUAUUGGUGGUUCGAUACAUAAAGAAAGUGGAGUGAAGGUUCUCGAAGACAAGGAAUUGACGUCACAACCUGAACCUCUUUUUGUCAAAAACAAAAUUGUGCAAGGAGGACCUCAAAUGUUACAAUUGAGUUUGGAUGGCCGACGUCUUUAUGUGACCAACUCUUUGUAUUCUGUUUGGGAUAAACAAUUUUAUCCAAAAUUGUUGAGCGACGGCUCUACUAUGCUUCAAUUAGAUGUUGAUAUUGACAAUGGAGGUGGACUUUGUGUUAAUCCAGCAUUCCGUAUAGAUUUCGAAAAAACCGAAAAUCUUCCUAAUGGACCUUACUUGGCACACGAAAUGCGUUAUCCUGGUGGAGAUUGUACUUCUGACAUUUGGCUUUGA